GUUGUCUUGUUCCUCUGCAGUUAAAUUUUGUUUUCUAAACGGGGUCAAGCCGAGUCCGUUACACUACGCAGGCGCAGCUUGAAGGCUGCCAGUCAGUGCCAUAGCAACCAAAAGUAGACAUCAACCAUCAACAUGGCCAAAGCAACGACUGUGAGAGAAGCACUGGCCAAAUGGGAGGAGAAGGCAGGCGAGAAAGUGGGCGAGGCUAAAGCCAUAAAACUGUAUGGUCAGGUUCCUCCUAUAGAGAAGAUGGAUGCCUCUCUCUCCACACUCAUCAAUUGCGAAAAGCUCUCUCUGUCUACAAAUUGCAUUGAAAAAAUAACCAAUCUGAAUGGCCUGAAGAACUUGAGGAUAUUGUCAUUAGGAAGAAAUAAUAUAAAGGCCCUCACUGGGCUGGAGACAAUAGGGGACACAUUAGAAGAGUUGUGGAUCUCCUAUAACUUGAUAGAGAAACUGAAGGGAAUUCAAUCUAUGAAGAACUUAAAAGUCCUCUAUAUGGCCAACAACCUGGUCAAAGAAUGGGGAGAGUUUGUGAGGCUAGCUGACCUGCCAUGUCUCGCAGACCUGGUGUUUGUUGGAAAUCCCCUAGAGGAGAAGCAUUCAGCUGAGGGAAACUGGAUGGAUGAAGCCUCUAAAAGACUACCUAAUCUGAAAAAACUAGAUGGAACCCCAGUCAUCAAGGAUGUGGCCGAAGGAGAUUGAGAGAGCCGAGAAGCAUGACUAUUUUCUGCAAAACUACAACCCUGUCCCUGAAGAGUCUUCCCUUUUUUAAAGUUUUUGUAUGGUUUGUCAUGGUGCUUUUGUUUAUAUUAAAUUACUUUUUAAACAGCAUAGACUUUGUUGUAGAUGGACAAGCACAAGAUAACCAAUACAUACACAGAUGUGUAUGUUUUACAAUUAGAAAAGUCUGUUAAGUUGUCAAUACCUAAGUCCUUGUGGGCUUGGGACCAUAAAGAGACCAUAUAAGUGGAAAUACAUGACUACACAUAUCCUAGUCUCGCAUUGCCAGACUGAUCUCCACAGCACUGGGCACAUUUCCUAAUGCUACAGCAUUAUGAUUUUGUUUUUUUACUAUAAAACUAUGAAGGAUAUUGGCAUUACUUGUUCUUGUUAACUGAAAAUUGACUGUGGGAUUGGUGGUUCAGUCCUAUUUUUGGGCCAAGAACAGUGUAAAUCUACAAAGUGUUUCCUUGAUUUUAUAUGCCUCUUUAUGUUCCUCUAGCAAGAACUAAAGCACAGUGUAGCACACACAUUAGUUAGCACAGACAUUAGCAUGGACCAGAUGUUAAUCAGUUAAUACUAUUAGCUCCAUGCUGCUGGACCUUCUCUAAUCUAAUAGUAGUUAGCUGUAAAUCCCUAACACCAUCCUUCUUCCAUAUCAUCACUAUGAAGAGCUGGCCAGAUUAAGCUAAAUAUUACCUAUAUUAUGCUACUUUUAAAUCAUAUUGGACUAAGCAGCGGAACAACUGAUGGUUAGAAAAAGUGACUUGGAGUGAUUAAUUUUUGUGUCGACCACAAAAAUGAAAACUCCAGCAAAUAGUUGCAUCUUGCCAUGGUACUUAAACAGUGUACUGUUUUUCCUAGUUGUUAUCAAUGUUCAAGAAUACAAUGAAAUCACGGCCUAUUACCAAACUCUGACUUCUCAGGUAGUUAGCGCUAGUAGCAUUAAAUUAGUAUUUACGUCACUCGUCACGGGACGUGAAGGGACCACGCAGCUACAUUACAACGGCCUUUGGGCAGGACUGUGGGGCCAACAUAGCUGAGAGUGAAACCUUUCAUGACCAAAAUACAUUCACAGCUCUGUUUGGCACUGUGUUUGAGGUCAUGUAGUAUUUGUCUAAACUUUUUGAAGGACAGGCACUUUUACUGUUUUCUACUGUCCGUUUUGGGUUCAUUUUAAAUCCAUAGACUGCACAUUGUUCCUGCUGUUAUUCAAGAUGUGAUACCAAGGUUAAUGCAUGUAGCAUGUCCUCAUCAGUUACAUCGUCUGUGUAAAAAUGAUUUUCUCAGGCAUGUUUGUACAUACAAUUGUGAGGUGUUUUUUUUUUUAAAUGAUUUUGCUAUUUGAAAUAAAGACUAUUUAAGUACA